AUGGAAGUAGGCAAACGAAUAAGACAUGCAGAGCCGUGGAGAGGUUGUCAGACGUGCAGGCAAAGAUCUAUCCGAUGUGAUGAGGAACGACCUGUCUGUUCAAAUUGCACUAAAUGUGGCCUUGUCUGCGAAUACGCACGAUCGCAAUACACAAAGGCUCCGAAAUUUGUCCAGGCCAACCAUGGUCCACUCGCCACUCGGCCUUCACCAGCAGCUCAAGGUUCCACCUUGCCUCCAACGAGCCAAGGUUUUGCAAGCGAGACCGCCCCUACAAGUGCGAGUAUACCUCCUAGCCUUGAUCCUUAUCCACAGUCGUUGCUUCCCUUGACCCCGGCGAAGAGGGCACUGCUAGCCUUUUAUACCGAGGAAAUAAUCCCAGAGGUCUUCCCAAUCCCGGCCGUGAAUCAGGCUUGGAACCAAACCAUCAUCCCGCAAGCAUUCAUCGAACCUGCUUUGCUGCACGCACUCCUAGGUAUCACCUCCAGCACCCUCAAGCUGAAACAUGUCAAGCCCUUUAAUCCAUCGGCGGCAUUUACAGAGCUCCAGUUGCAUAAGGUUGCGAGUAUCAACCUUAUCAACCGCAAAUUGCAAAAUGUCUUGGACGCAACCCAGCUGUCGACCAUCUUGACCGUUCUCACUCUAUUUGGUUGCGAACUAGGUGUGGAGGAAGACUCGGAUGCAAUCCAGAUACAUUUGAAAGGUCUCAGAGAACUUAUCAACCUGCGAGGCGGCUUCGAUGGGUUGCCGGUCUUUCUCAUUCAAGUUGCUCUGUUGCGUUUCAGUGGAGACCUUGGGUUUGCUGCAACACGACGCUCGUUACCUUCCUUCCCAAUUGUCCCAAUGAAACCAAAGCUUCCAAAGAAUACACUUGACCGGAUUUCUGCCGGAAUCGAUCCCAGGCUUCGCCUACUUGGAAUGGAGCUUAUGAAGUUCAAGGACCUGCUUGAUCCAGAUAUGAGUCAAGCAUACCGCGAUCUGAGCGUCGUCAUUGCCUUCAGAGAGUUGUGUAGUGGAGGGGUCGAUGUCACGCUCUAUGAGGUUGAAUACUUCGAGACUUUGGCUCUGCGUGUCCAGCACCAUUUGAUCACGUUCUUAUCUACGCACCUCUAUCGACAAGACUCCGACAUACAAUCGAUCUGUCGGGUGACCGUACCGAUCUUCGCUGUCAGAUACCAAUACAACAUUUACGGGCCCUCUAUGAUCAUGGACAGUAUGGUGAUUCAACUCUACGAAGUCUUGAGUAGUCUGGAUCUCGCCGAGUCGUGGAAAAGUUUCCCCUCAAUCCUGGUCUGGGCGUUCAUGUUCGGUAUCUGGAUAUCGAAAGAGAAGCGUAUGAAAGAAUGGUUUUUGUUCAAACUUGCCGAGGGAUCCCACGGUAUAUUGUCCUGGCAAUGGAUUGAGAUACGCGAUACCUUGCAAACGCUUUUCUACGUCGAUCGCUUGCAAAGAGCAGAAUUCGAGAGCAUUUGCGAGGAGGUGCGUUUGCUGGUGCCACAUGCUGGGCAGAUGCAGCCGGAGUCAUUAAAACAAUCUGGUCCGGACUGGGCAGACCCACGCGAGUAG